UUGGCCAGAAGCUUAGAUCUGGUUUUGUCUUAAUGCUAGAUGUGUGAGACUGAUGCAUCAGAGGAGCUCCAGCGGCUGAGGAGUCUGCUGAAGGAGCGGGAGGAGCAGGUCCAGCAGGCUGCUCAGGCUGGCCUGGAUCUACUAGACCAGCAGAUGGAGCUGCAGAACAGGCUGGAUGAACAGAGAGUUGAGAUGACUAAUGCCUUGGAGGCUCUCGAGCAGGACAAAUACACGUUGCAGAAAGAAUUGGAGCUGAAGACCCGGAUACUGGAGUCGCUGCAGUCGGACUACGACUGUUUGAAGAACCAGCAGAAACAAGAGCUUCAGCAGCAGCAGGAACAUCUGGAGAGGAGUCACAGUGUGGCCAUAAAAGAGUUCAGCAACAAGUUAAUGAGGUUGCAGUCUGUCCUGGAAGAGUCACAGCUCAAUGAGAAGCAGCUGAAACACAAACUUGAAGUGCAGACGGAGACGCUAAAUAACAAGCUGGAAGAGCUGCGAGCUCUGAAUGAACACACUCAGAGUUCCAUGACGUCUGAGAUGAUGGAAGUCCAGAUGAAGAUAAUGGGGUUGGAGAGCAACAAGCUGGAGUUGGAGCGCACACUGCAGGAAUUGCAGUACAGAGAACAACAGUUGGAAUUGACCAAUAGCAGCCUGCAGCGCCACCUGGAGCAAAUCACAGAGGAGAAAGAGGAGCGAGAAAGAGAAGCUGUUUCCUGGUUGACUGCCUUAGAGAAAUGUCGGGAGGAGAACAGGGACUUACAGGUCCAGUUGGAUCAGGUUGUACAGCAGGCUCAGGAUCCCAACAGCAAAGGCAACUCGUUGUUUGCUGAGUUGGAGGACAAGCGAGCUGAGAUGGAGAGACAGCUCAUCAGUAUGAAGGUCCAAUAUCAGUCCCUCCAGAAACAAUAUGCCUUCAGUAAACAGCAGCUGCAGCGCAUGAAGGUCCAGAUUGCCACCCUGAUGCAGCUGCAAGGUGCCAGAGCCGACCCAGCUCAGCUCGAGAGGCUCCAGGCUAUGCUGUCUGAGAAAAACGGAGAGAUCCAGAAUUUAAUGAUCAAAGUACAAAGACUGGAGAAGGUGGAGAUGAUGUUAAAGUCUCAGCCAGUGGAUCCUGCACCACCAGAAGGCAGCGACGGCCAAGAUGAGACCUACUACACUGACCUGCUGAAAAUGAAACUCAACAACACUGUUAAGGAUGCAGAGCGUUUGGGAGAUGAGCUUUCACUGCAGCGCAUGAAGUCUCUGUCGGAGAGCCAGAGAGCUCUGGAGCUGGAGAGGAAACUCUUCAUAUCUGAACGUUUGCUCAAACAGGCUCGCAGUGAUAAGAUCAAACUGGAGCUACGAGUAGAGGAGCUCCAGCACAAAUACGAACCAAAUGAGGCAAAGAAGAACCUUCUCCCGAAGAGAAGGAAGGAGAAGCUGCCUGUGGACAUCACUCCAUCCUGUGAUGGUGCUGUUCCUCUGAAGGUUGGACAAGUCAGUGCCACAGAGGUGGACAUCAGAAUCACUACGCCGGCAAAGCCUGAAGCUGAAGCUUGUCCUGCGGCCGAUCCAGAGAGCGCCACACAAGGUGCACAGACUGAGCCGCGAUCUGCCAAGUGUGUGAAGAUCAGUGCAGAUCAGCCUGCUGUCAUUCCCAACGCGAGCCCUCCUGCUUAUACCGAGAAAGAAACAGAGGAGAACCAAGAGAACAAACAGGAGAUGAGGAAGAAGCGGAGAGCAGUAGAGAUGAUCCAUGUGCGCUCUGACAGCAGCAUGGAGAAGCAGUGCGCGCAGCAGUAGAACACGCAUCCUGCUCUGUCACUGAGCGCUCAGUCUGCACUUUCUUCACCUAUUCAUACUUUGUACUGUAUGCUCUUCAAUCUCUACUGUGUUUUAGCAAAGUGGAGUAUUCUGAAUGUUUUUUGUUUGUUUGUUUGUUUUUUUCUGCUCCAAUAACAGAUUUAGCCGCGAUGUUCUGUAAAACACAUCUGGAAACAGCACCGACACUAUAGACGAUGGCAGCACAAUUCGUGUUUUCAGUACUGUUCAGUACAUUAUAACAUGCAGGAAAAAUGUGCUGAAAACCAAAUUGGAUGAAGACGUGUUGUUAGUAAAUGUGCCCUUUUGGGGUGGGGGGGGCACUUAGUAUAGCAGAUAUUUUGUUUUGGUGCC